AUGAAUAAAUCGUUGGCGCUCACCCUCGAAGAACAGAAAAGGCAGAUGCGUUUCGACGAAAGAAUGACGCUGGUCAAGAAGGCCAUCGAUAUGAAAAACGAAGUUGAAAAUUUCGCGAGGGAGUCGAAAAAAUUGCAGCUCGAAGUCGACACGAUGGGACCUCAAGUUUUACAGAAGCAAAUCGACAAUAAAAUGUUGGAAACUCAAAAGAAAGAAAUGGAGAAAAAUAUCAAGGAUAAAUUGAUGGUUGUGCUGAGAGAUGAAAAGGAAGUCUCUUUUGAAACGGCUCUUCAAAUUGAAAAAAACACCAGAAAGCAAGCUAACUGCAAAAUGUGGCAUGCCGAACGAAAAUAUCGAAUUACUGCUUCAAGCGUAGGACAGAUUUGUUGGUUUACCGAAAAACGAGAUAAAAAAGCUUUUGCCCAAGGACUGAUUGAUCCUAAACCAUUAAAUACACCACCAAUUAUAUGGGGAAAAUCUAAGGAAGUAAUGGCAAAGGACGGAUAUCAGCAGAAAACUGGCAACAAUAUUCAGCAAUGUGCCAACAUCAAUGAAAAAACCGAACAAACCAACGAAUGUCCGUGGAAAAAGGAAACCAACGACAAUACCAUUGCCAUUGGAACUCAAAAACUCGAAAUUGCAGCCCAAAAACGAGUUUGGGCUCUACGUGGACAAAUAGAGGCUCUGGAACUGAUUGGCAAUUGUCAAACAAAGAAAAUUGAAAAAAUCAAUCAGAUUAUGGACAAAGUUGAGGUAGUUUUCCAAGAAAAUAUAAGCCCUCAAGCUCAAGAACAUAAUGACGUUGUAAUGUAA